UUCCAUUAUUUAUAUAUACUUAAAAAUAAUAAGCACCAAGUUGGGUUGUUGAGCAUUUGGCUUUAGAGGGCAUUUGGAGCUUUUAAUAUAAUUUUCAUUCGAAAAAUGCUCAUUUCUUAAGUUUUCGGUUUCUGAAAAAUCACCCACCAAUUACCAGCAGCUAGGCCUCUCUGGCUUUUAGAUCUCUCAGUAAACAGAGAAAUUAAACCAUGUCCUCUUAUCCGCCCCGCGCUAUGGCUUCAAAUUUCGAUGAGGAUCGAUGGAUUAUUCAAAUCCGUCGAACACUUGAUGAAGAACUCGAAGAAUUCAGUGAAAUUCCAGUCUGCAUUUUUAACGUCCCCAAAUCCCUAAUGGUUUCGGACCCCGAUUCUUACGUGCCCCAAGAAGUUUCAUUAGGUCCUUACCAUUAUUGGCGUCCAGAACUAUACGAAAUGGAGAGGUAUAAACUUGGCGCUGCAAAGAGAACUCAGAAACAACUCCAAAACAUCAAAUUUCAACAUCUUGUUGAACAGUUGAUAAAAUUGGAGUCCAGAAUUCGCUCAUGUUACCAUAAGUACUUGAAUUUCAAUGGCGAAACGUUAGCCUGGAUGAUGGCUGUUGAUGCCUCUUUUCUACUCGAGUUCCUUCGAAUUUAUGCUGUUAAAGAAGGUAUGGUUCUAACACGAGCAAUGUCUUCCUCUACGAUGUCACAUUUAAUUGAUGUUGCUGGGAGAAAAUCAGCACAUAAUGCUCUUCUUAGAGAUCUAGCAAUGUUGGAAAACCAAAUCCCACUAUUUGUUUUAAGGAAAAUUUUAGAACUUCAAUUCACAUCUUUAGAUCUGGCAGACAAUAUGCUAAUGUCUAUGCUAGUAGGUAUCUGCAAAGAACUUUCCCCUUUCAAAAUGGAGGAAAAAAUCAGAGAAGUUCAAGUCACAGAAUCCGCUCAUUUGUUGGACUUUUUGUACCAAAUGAUCGUGCCUAAAUUGGAAUUACCAACUUCUGAUACAACAGAAGAUCGCGAUGAUCAGGAUCAAAUCGAUACCCAUCAAUGUCAAAAUAAUUCCUUUGGAAAAUCAAUUCAUGUUAAACAAUUUGUAAAUGAAGUUUGGAAGAUACUUGUUAAAGUAAACAGAGGACCUGUACGUCUUGUUAAAAGAUUAGUACUUUCGAAACCUAUGAAAGUCAUGUUCAAGUUACCAUGGACACUAGUCUCAAAUAUUCCAGGACUAAAACUAUUAAUUUUGCCAAUGAAAUGCCUAUGCUUCUCACAAGAAAAAGCAGUAGAGAAUCCUGAAAAUGAAAACGAAAACGAAAGUAAUUCACCUUUAGUGGAGGAAAUAGCUAUCCCUUCAGUAAGUGAACUUUCUAAAGCAGGGGUAAAUUUUGCAGCCACAAAUGGAGGAAUCACAAGCAUAAGUUUCGACUUUAAAAACAUGACAUUUUAUUUACCUACAAUCAACGUAGAUAUAAACACGGAGGUAAUUUUAAGAAAUUUAGUAGCAUAUGAGGCGUGUAACGCGUCUGGUCCAUUGGUUUUUACUCGUUACACAGAGUUAAUGAAUGGGAUUAUUGAUACGGAAGAGGACGUAGCAUUGCUUAGAGGAAGAGGGAUUGUGUUGAACCGUUUGAAGAGUGAUGAUCAAGUUUCGAAUUUGUGGAAUUCGAUGAGUAAAUCAGUGAAGUUAACAAAAGUUGAGUUGUUGGAUAAAGUGAUUGAGGAUGUCAACAAGUUUUAUAAUGGAAGAUGGAGGGUGAAAAUUGGGAAAUACAUGAAGUAUUAUGUGUUUGAAUCAUGGCAGUUUCUCACAUUCUUGGCUGCGAUUAUGUUGUUGAUGUUGAUGACUUUGCAAGCAUUUUGUUCAGUUUAUAGCUGUGCUCGUGUACUCCGUAUUCAAAGCACUAGUUAGUAACAAACAACAAUAUAUCUAGUGUAAUUUCACAAGUCGACUUUAGGCUGACCCUAUUUUACCUUCGUGAGAUAAAUAUGUAGUUUUCUUUAA